CAUCUCCUCCUCCACACCGAAAAUUGCACAGCCUCUGUUCAUUCCGCUGUGGCAAUCAUUUUUGUUUGGACUAGGUGGAUGGAAGCCGUCAUCAUUCGCGAAUAUCUCCAUCUCUCCUGGGUCCCCAGAAAUUGGAGAUCAUCACCAGGUUGAAGCCCGUGCGUGCUUUACCUCACGCAUCAUUAAUUAUCUGCGCUGCCAAUGACCAGGCCAGAGACGCGCAUGUCCUCUUUUAUAUCACCAGAGAUAGAUCUCUGAGCCAGACCCUUCCUUUGCAGCACGUAAAAAUCUCCCCUUAGAAUCUCAUGGCGUCGAUCCUACGACAGAUUGUCGCUGGUCCUAGACAGCAGCAUCCCGAAGCAGGCUUGGAUCUCUGCUACGUGACGGACAACUUGAUCGCAACCUCCGGUCCUUCUUCCAACUACCCGCAACGCGCAUACAGAAACCCCCUUGACGAACUGGUCAAGUACCUCGACUCCAAGCACGGCAGCGACUGGUGCAUCUGGGAAUUCCGUGCGGAGGGAACAGGAUACCCCGAUUCUGAAGUAUAUGGUCGGAUCCAUCAUUACCCGUGGCCGGACCACCACCCGCCCCCGUUUGCUCUCCUCCCCGCCAUCACGGGGAGCAUGCGCAACUACAUCCACCGACUGGAUGAUCCCGAGUCCGCAAACAAACUAAAAAGUGACAAGCCCGACAGGGUUGCCGUCGUUCACUGCAAGGCGGGCAAGGGCCGCAGUGGGACCGUCGCCUGCAGCUACCUAAUCAGCCAGGAGGGAUGGAAGGCGGAGGACGCACUGCAGCGGUUCACGGAGCGCCGCAUGAGGGUCGGGUUCGGUGCCGGUGUCAGCAUACCGAGCCAGCUGCGCUGGGUGGGGUAUGUGGAUCGGUGGUCGAAUCAGCUGGAAAAGAAGUACAUUGAACGACCGGUUGAAAUCCUCGAGGUACAUGUCUGGGGCCUCCGAGAUGGGGUCAAGGUCGCCGUGGAGGGUUAUGCCGACCAGGGGAAGAGGAUCAAGCGGUUCCACCGAUUCCAUAAAACCGAGCGCACGGUCGUAGACGACGUGAAUGUGAUCCUUCCCGAAAGCAAGAAUGAAAACGCACACCCGCUGCAGCAGAAGGGGAACAGCAGCAACAACAGCAGCGGCGGUAGCCCCGAAGAGUCAUCAAGAUCAUCCCCGACAGGCAGUUCUUCCCCCGAAAAUCCGGCAUCCUCGGUCACGGCCGAUUCCGCGACACCGACAACAACAUCUUCAUCAACUGGUUCAACGUCAGCCAAACCCCAGAACAACCCUAUCAAGCACAUCUCCAACGCUAUCUUCCGGCCUCGGCAACCCAUCAUCAUACCCACAUCGGACGUCAACAUUGACUUCGAACGCCGCAGCAAGGCCGCCUACACGGGCUGGGCGAUGGUCACCUCGAUCGCCCACGUCUGGUUCAACGCCUACUUCGAGGGCGGCCACGAGCACGACUCCGGGUUAUUUUCAAGCGAGUGGGACGCAUUGGACGGCAUCAAGGGUACCACCCGCAAAGGCGUCAAGGCCCUCGACCGCGUCAAAGUCGUCUGGCGCUACGCCUCCUCCCAGCACCACGGUAGUGGUGAGAGGAGUAGCAUCGACCAUACGACCAACGGAGCCACAAGCGCGGACGAAGGCCAACCCAUCACCGAGCCCAAACCCGGGGAGCUAGCCCCCGAAACCCAGCCCUCGGACUGGCACAUCCAUGCGACCGACUCCGAUCAACAGGAGAAUCUGGACCCCGCGGAAGGUGGUGGUGGUGCUCCGAGGAACCUGAGUUCCUCUUCCUCCAAAAAAGACCACGGCCACCAUAAACACAAGCACGGACACAAAUCCUCGACGGCGUCCGACCAUUCCAUCGCCGCAGAGCUGACGGCCACAGCUGCAGCGUCGAUCCAGGACUGGGGCAAACAUCUUGGAUUACGCAAGCAGACGGACGAGAGUAAGGAUGUCAGUCUGGCGGGGAGCGAGGAUGAGGUGAGAGAGUCCGGGGAAGGAGAGUUGAAGAAGACGACGAAGAUGUGAAGAUAAAUGUAGAUUUCUUUAUCUUCUUCUUUCCUGUGAUUUGGAAGUUAACACGACUCGCAUGUAUUGGGAACCGGCUCUUGGUCGUUAUCGUUUCCUAGCGUUGUAUUUGCUUUUCUGUGUUUUCUCUGGGGAAAUUAGAAGUAAGUAUACGGAUAAAAAGGUGCUUUACCCUUCCUAUACCCCGUGUUUGGUUUUGCUUCUUCUGUUCAUUCUGUCUCCUGUACAUACAGACACACUGCGUGUUCCACAGUUUGGUUCGUAUAUUGAAAGCUUGGUGAAAUCAACCUCCCCUCCCCCCGGCGUCUAGCUUGUGUACAUACACAGCAAGAACAAAGACACGGAUAUGGAAGAAGGAUAUCUAAGCUAGAUUACAAUGCAACUUAUGUAC